CCCGAAAACUCGCUCGCUUAGAGUGAAAUUUUGUCCACCCGCGAGCUUCUUGACCGAUUCCUCCGCAAACCAACUAACCGACCAGCAACCACAGAACACCAUCGUCGACCACCGAACACCGCCAAGAUGACGAAGGGUACCUCCUCGUUUGGUAAGAGACACAACAAGACGCACACCUUGUGCCGUCGUUGCGGUCGCCGAUCGCUUCACAUCCAGAAGCACACCUGCUCCUCCUGCGGUUACCCCUCGGCCAAGACCCGCAAGUACAACUGGUCCGAGAAGGCCAAGCGGAGAAAGACCGUCGGUACCGGCCGCAUGCGCUACCUCAAGGACGUCUCGCGCCGCUUCAAGAACGGCUUCCAGACCGGUGUCCCCAAGGGCUCUGCCGGCCCCACUGCCCAGCAGUCGUGAGCUAUGCCGAAAGCGAUGAUUGGGAUGUGAAUCUGGUCGACGUGGGGAGGUAUCUGUGCAAUCGAGGCAUUCGGGCGCGGGGUUAGGGAGACGAGGGAAAGGGGGCGUGUUGCCCGCGGGAAAAAUCAAAAAACCCCUCCGGAACGAUAUCACGAAAAGAACUCUUUUCUUUUUUUCCUCUCCUUUUUACCCCCCGUUUGACUUGAUGAGAGCAAAGCCAAUAUCAAAAAAGGAGUCAAAACAACAAAACCAAACGAAACGGGUGUUUUGCGUUCAUGCUAUCUCGUGCGCGGGCAAAAAAGGGGACAUCACUUUUUUUUACAUUUGGGAAAACGGAUCCUCGAAAAAGAGAAACGGCUUUGCUUGUCUUGUCACUUCGGUGGUCCCAUGCGCCUUGGAAUUUGAGUGAUGGCCAGGUUGUUUCAAGUGGCG